ACGUGUGUCGACGAUGACAGACGACAUGAGGGCGAGUGGGAGGGAUUUGAGCUAUGACGUUACAUGAUGCCUUCACUUACCGUGGAACGGGACAAUUCCCAACCCCAGCUUGUCAAUAAAGUUAGGUUAUUUUAAUGAUUAUUUUAGACACGUACUUUGAUACCACCGACAGCUAAGUAGACAAUAACGCUAAUAGAUAAAAAGUAGACAUAUUCAAAUAUCAUUUAACGAUUGACGAGUCUAAUAUCUACGAGGUAUUUGUUGAAAGAUUUUGAUGUAAAUAAUGUUUUCCCCCAUAGCUGUUGUUAUGAAAUAGUCCUAAAAUAUACUGUAUAUCUUUAUGCUUUUGUGAAAGCCCUAUGCAGUGAAAAAAAAUACACAUGCACAGUUACACGUUCUAAUCAUUACUUCAUUCUGACUUUUCCUUCAAGUUACUUCUAUUCUCAUUCUUCAAUUAUAUCUGUUAUAAUGUGUUUACAUGACUCACUAAUCAUAUAAACACGAUUUUGCAUUUAUUUGACAUCGUAAUUGCUGUGGUAAUUACAUAUCUGUAUUACGAUUAAUGAAAUCGCUACAGCUUUUUUGAUCAAUAUUGCAGGCUUAUCUUAUGCAAUGGCCAGAACUGAUCCACUGUUGUCACAGCAGAGGUGGCAAAUACUCUUGUUGAGUAUUUGAGUUGCUUUGCAUUUGCCUUCAGUCACUAUGGAGUUCUCUGAAAAAUUUAAAUACGGAUUAUAGAUAUGGGUUUACUGAAUCAAACUUCAUUAACUCAGUGUUUAGUUUUAUAUUAUGUGAAUGUGUAAAUGGCGAAAAGUACAUUUGAGUUGUCAAGUACUGUUCGUCCAGAAACAAAACGUCGUGUAUUCAGAAUAUUGCGGUCGUACUUCUAUAUUCUAAAAGCUAAUCAUGAUAAACUUGUCAAAAGAGUCUAAACCAAGUACAGAUGAGGCGUUGCUGUCAAGUCGCAGAUUUCCGAGGUGACGUGGAGCCCGUGAAGGCGGCGCCAGCGCUGGUGCUGUGCGGUUUACGGACGUUACACGGGGACGGACAGCUCCAGCGACUCCAGCUCUGCAGUCUCUAGCCCCGCGUUAGGCCGGUUCCUCUUGUCCACCCCAAGUUCACUAUGGAAAGCACCAUUGACAACAUCCAGGUUCUGAUCCGUGCAGCUGAGUUUCUGGAGAGAAAAGACAGAGAAGCGGAACAUGGAUACGCGUCCGUCCUGCCUUUGAGCCCGAACCACUCCGAUAAGAGAAGCAAACAGAAGAGCAAGAGGACAUCUGCGGGUGGCAAUAGGUCGGCUCACAACGAGUUGGAAAAGAACAGACGGGCGCAGCUGAGGCACUGCCUUGAGCAGCUCAAAAAGCAAGUCCCUCUGUCGUCGGACUCCAUGAGAAACACCACCCUCAACCUGCUGCGGCGAGCGCAGAUGCAUAUCAAGAAGCUGCAGGAGCAGGACGAGCGCGCGGAGCAGGUGAAAGGUCGCCUGCGCUGGGAGCAGAGGGAGCUGCAGGUCCGACUGGAGCAGCUUCAGCGGGGGACUGAGAGGAUGCGCAACGACAGCCAGGGCUCCACCAUGUCCUCGGAGCGCUCCGACUCUGACAGAGAGGACGUGGAGGUGGACGUGGAAAGCAUCGUGUUCGACUGCGUGGACUCAGACAGAGUGAGCAUUACUCACAGCGGAGUGGAUCACUGCUACUCCAGUUUGGACAAAUCCUGGCUAUGACCCAGCCCGGAAGUCAAAAGUCACCAGCAGGAUAUGAAGAGGAGAAAACAUUCCAAAAGCAGGGAUCACAGGGGACAAUGUUGCUGAACCUUUUCCACAAACCCUCGACGGCAGUUCACACGGUGGUCGCGUCCAUUUGCACUGAACGGCAGUAAAAGUCACUGGGCUGGGACGGACGUCAGAAAAACUCACCAACGCAGUCUGGUCAUUACUUCUUCACCUUCAGGGCUUUUAAAAAAAAUACUCCGAAGUAAUGGCUCUUAUUAACUUAUUCUUAACCUAGCUAUGCCUUUACUGAACUCUGCCUUAAGUUACACACCUCUGUGUUUCGUUUCAACCAGAUCACGUCUAGCAUGCACUUAAACAUUAAUCUCGCUAUGCCUGUACUUAUUUUAUUCUCUUUCUGUUGCACAGACCUCCAUAGAUGCACUUAUUUACUCUCUGAAUGGUUUUACAAGUAGAUCAAACAGUAAGUGAUUUGAUCCGAUGUGCCUGAUUUCUCAGCUCCAAGUUGUUCCAGCCGCUCCACCAAUCAGACAGGACACGUCUGCGAGUUUGUAUUUAAUAACUGAAGGGGUGGUUGGCCCUCACUUUGGUUUAUGCAAGAGGCCUUGUUACCUUUUUCAAAUGACGUAUGCAUCCAUCUGUCUCUCUGCCCAGUAAUAUCAUGUAGCAUUUUGUACUGGUGUAAGCUUUUUGUAAUGAAUAAAUA